AGCACCCGCCUACGGCCUGGGAAUCCCUGCCAAAGCUUCCCGGAGGGCCUGCCUGGCACUCGGGGGCAGGCCGAAAGCGCGCGAGGGUUUCCCCGAAAACCCGCCGGGCUGCGGAGACGCUAUUGCCACCGACCUAGCUCGCGCCUCGGCCCCACGCGUAUGUUCAGGGUACAAGAAAUAAGCCGGCGUCUUCAAAUCGGCGGCACCUAAAAUUCCAUGAAAUACGGGACUUCCUACAGUAGCCGGCCAGCCCCGCCCCGAGUGCCCCGCCCGUCCUUCCUGCUACCCAGACGCCCGCUCCGUGCAGGCGGCCCCGCCCCGCUCCGGCUCGGCGCCGCCGAACUGUCCCGCCUGCGCACACGUGCGGUCGCAGCGAUGGCGGACCCGCAGCUGCAGCUAGUGGCCCAGCGCAUCCGCAGCUUCCCGGACUUCCCCAGCCCGGGCGUGCUGUUCAGGGACAUCUCGCCCCUCCUGAAGGACCCCAACUCCUUCCGCGCGGCCAUCAGCCUCCUGGCGAACCACCUGAAGAAGACCCACGGCGGCAAGAUCGACUACAUCGCAGGCCUGGACUCUCGAGGCUUUCUGUUUGGCCCCUCCCUGGCCCAGGAACUUGGCUUGGGCUGCGUGCUCAUCCGAAAAGGUGGAAAGCUGCCGGGCCCCACAGUGUCCACCUCCUACACACUGGAAUAUGGGAAGGCUGACCUGGAAAUCCAGAGAGAUGCCCUGGAACCAGGGCAGAAAGUGGUAGUUGUGGACGAUCUGCUGGCCACUGGUGGAACCAUGCGCGCAGCCUGUGAGCUGCUGGGCCAGCUGCGGGUAGAGGUGUUGGAAUGCCUGAGUGUGGUGGAGCUGACCUCGCUGAAAGGCAGAGAGAAGCUGGGAGCCGUGCCCUUUUUCUCCCUCCUGCAGUAUGAGUGACCUCGAUACCCUGCUCCACACCAGCUAGAAAAAGGAGAGGUCUGGCCUCUGUGGCUACACUUGACAACUUGCUAUCCACCUGGACUUUUUUUUAAUACAUUUUAUUGAUUUUUUACAGAGGAAGGGAGAGGGAUUGAGAGUUAAAAACAUCGAUAAGAGAAAAACACCGAUCAGCUGCCUCCUGCACACCUCCUACUGGGGAUGUGCCCGCAACCAAGGCACAUGCCCUUGACCGGAAUCGAACCCGGGACUCUUGAGUCCGCAGGCCGAUGCUCCAUCCACUGAGCCAAACCGGUCAGGGCCACCUGGACUUUUUAUCCAUUUCUGUGGUUGAGUUACCAUCCAGCUCCCGGGUCCUUCCUGCAGGUUCUGGAAGUGCAAAGGCCUGAAGCCGAUAGCCCAGGGCAAAGCCAAGCCCAAGCUGCUCAGAUUUCCAAUGAAAUAAGAACAUGAUUGAUCAACUCUG